UACUACGUAUUGGUCCUUGGCUUACAAUAUAGAGCCAAACCUACAGGUUAUUACGCUUGCCGAGCUGUGAUAUUGGUGCAACCCUGGUACCCGGCACAAAGUUUACAUUCGUCUCAGUUCCUUUUAUUCUUUCUCCGCAAACACUAGAAACUCUCUACUGUACACACAAGGCACAGUUUACGCCCGUAUUCGGUGUAAUACGAUACCAACCUUAGUUUUAUGCAGGUUAUAAUACUGCCCUGCCAGUUUUUACAGAUUCAAGCAUUAUAUUCUCAACAAAAGAUACAUUCAGUUAUAAUGCAAGAAGGAAGGGCAGAUAAGAGAAUAAAUAUAUGUCUGCUGCACUGUGAAUCAUUCAAUUGAUAGAGCAGGGUCGGAGCUGGGAAGAAAAUGAUUCAUAUAGUUAAAUUUUAUUGAAUAGUUCUAGUAUCUAGUUAGUACACAUGUGAACGGUUUAAAUGUUUCAACAAAACAGCUGAAGUGGAGAAAGGGGAGUUAGUUAGUUUAAUCCAACAGUAGGAGUUCUAUCAUGGAGAGGAAUAGAACAACAGAUAAUGGAAACGUUCUUGUCGAUCCAGGAUUUGUUUCUCCUAUUUAUGAUUUCGGUGAGGAUGAACGGAGAAAGAAGAACGGAUUAUCCCGGACUAGAUCUAGCAGUAUUCAUGCUGAUCCUCAUCAGAUAGAGAUAUCUCUAGAAGAGGGAGCAGGAGAUCCUACUGACGAGGUUCUGGACCGAGCAGCAGGGUUCUUCGUGGAGCAUAAUGAGAACUAUGAGAUCAGUUGGGCGGAUGCCUCCCAUAUGAUCUCUGAUGCUGAGACAGAUCCGUCUAAACCUCCAGUUCCAGGUCUUAACAAGGAGUACUUAACCUGGAGACUUAGGAGAACCAUUGAAAGUAUUUUCUUCCGUUUGUUUACUCUACUUCUAAUACUGGUAGACAUUGUGAUAGUUAUAGUUGAUCUAUCCAUAGAGGGAAGUCAACCCGGCCUUCAAAUAGUUGAUCUUGUAAUAUCAAUAUAUUUUGUUAUAGAAGUGUCUCUAAGAUUAAUCGCUUUAAAACCUCAUGCGUUCUUUAUACAUUGGUACAACGUUCUAGAUCUAGUUGUAAUUCUCGUCACUUUCAUUAUAUCUGUGAUAGCACUAAGUGGAACCAACUGGGCGGAAGGAUUGUCCCUUUUCACUGCUCUCAGGUUUGUGAGAAUUGUCCGGUUUGUCCGAAUCUACACGGAGAAGAAGAAUAUUGAAACUGCAGCUCGUCAACUUAUCUCACAGAACAAACGGAGAUAUCAGCAGGAUGGGUUUGAUCUCGACCUCACCUACGUUACCAAUCGUGUGAUAGCUACUAGUUUCCCUAGCUCCGGGUUGUGGGCAGCAUACAGAAAUCCCAUUGAGAAGGUCGCGCAAUUUCUUGACACCAAACAUAAAGAUCAUUACAAGGUGUUUAAUCUUUGCAGUGAGAAAACUUACAACACUUCAUUCUUCCACGACAGGGUGGAGAGAGUUCUCAUUGAUGAUCACAACGUUCCAAGUGUAGCGCAGUUGUUGGAGUUUGCUGAUACUGUUCGAACCUGGUUGGGUGAACAUCCUGAUAAUGUUAUCGUUGUUCACUGUAAGGGUGGAAAGGGAAGAACUGGAACUAUGAUCUGUGUCUGGUUAAUUGAAUCAGGAGUAUUUACAAGUGCAUCACUUAGUCUGGACUACUUUGGACAUCGUCGGACAGAUACAAACGUGAGUAAGAAAUUUCAGGGUGUUGAGACCCCUAGCCAGAGCAGGUAUGUCGGAUACUACGAGAUUGUAAAGAACAAUGGAAGAAUCCUACCGGAGAGUGUUCCUGUUCGCCUCACUGAGAUCAUUAUUACUGGAAUGAUGUAUAUCGGAAACGGGACGGGAUCAGAUUUCUGGGUUGAAAUAGACCAGGGGAGAGGAAACACGGUAUUAACCGCAGUUUUCGGAACACAGAAGAACUGCACCAUGGAGUACAACUCAGUGAAGGAUACUCUCCGUAUUAAAGUUUUAAACUGCCCUGUACUGAAGGGAGAUACCAGAGUUCUAUUCCAAACCAACUCUACCAAUGUUCCCAAGUACUAUGAGAAAUGUCCGUUUUAUUUCUGGUUCCACACUGGGUUCCUGGAGAACGGAGAACUACUCCUGAAAAGAGAGGAUCUGGAUAAUCCGCAUAAGAGUAAAACCUGGGAUAUUUACAGAGAAAACUUCUCUGUCAAGCUCUUGUUUGCUUAGAUGACAAAUUCCUAAGUAUUUUCUAUCAAAACACAUGAUUUACCUCCUCAGCUUAUUUUCUUAUUAUUUAUAAUUAAAGUAGUAUUAAAUAUUAAUAAAGUGCUAUUAAACAUGCUA